AGCGGGCGACCCUCCUCACUCCCUUUGUGCACCGCAGCCGGGAAAUUCCGUGGCGCAACACUUUCCAGGAGCGAGUUGUCCUCCGGGCCGUGUCCUCUGAGGCGGAGUUUCCAAAAGAGGCAACGCGAAGGGCGUCGGGCAGGCGGGGCUCCUCUCCUCCUUCCUGCUAUAUAUCCUCCAGGUCAUCGUCCUCCUCGGGAGAAAUAAGAAGCCGGGACCCAGCCGAGCUGCCUGCCUGCCUUCCUGCCUUCCCCGAACCACGCUCCGCCGGACCCUGUUCAGAGAAAGGAGAUGAUGAAAUCGAUGCCUUUUUUCUAUAGCCCUCCUCCAAAAUCUGACAAAAACAAAGAUACCAGGAGCAAAGCAUCAACAUCAUCAGAAUCAGAGCUUGACUCUGUGUCACUUGAAUCUUCCAUAGAAGAAUCUCCGUACAAAGGAAACAUGACAUCUGGAAACCAGGGACGGGAUUCGGAAGAGUUUGAGGGGUCUCCUCUGGAAAUCAGUGGAAUCAAAAAGAAGCAAAAGGGACUCCGGAAAAAACUCGUUAAUGCUCUGUUUGAUAUGACUGGAAUAAAAAGCAGAGAAAAACCCAAAUUUAAGGAACCUCAGAAGGAAGAGAGCCAAUCCUUUACAGCUGACCAAAUCAGAUUACUAAUUCAGGAGCAAAAAUUCAUGGAAGCCAGUCAACAUCUCCUGGUCAUGGAAAGAGGAGCUAAUGGUGGUGACUCAGAGGGUAAAACUGAGGAGGAAAAGAUCGAUGAUCAGAAUGAAAUUGAAGACCUGCUUGGGCUUUUGAAGCAGGAAGUCCUCACCAUUGUACACUGUUCCAUCAGCAUUGCACAAUCUCAGCCAGAAUUGCUGCGGAAUGCAGUGAGAGCCAUUGUAGACCAAGUGAAGGAAGAUGAGAAAUCUAUGUCAGAAGAAAAGUCACCAGAGAAAACUGUGUGUUCUCGACCCAGAAAAUGGAAAGAGGACUGGAGAAAUUCAAUCGAAGCAUCUGUAAACAAGCGAAUGGACGUCCCCCCAUUUGAUGGGAAUGCUAAACUCUCUACCACGGCUCACACUUUCCUGCACAUGGGGAACACAAUGAAAAAGGAUCUUAUCACAGUGGUGCAAAAUAUUAAACCUCAUUACCCUGAGCAUUUUCAAGUGUGCAGCACUUAUGCCAAGUUUUACUACAACUGUUUCUCUUCUCAGCUGGAGACUAUUGCUCAGUUUGAACUAGGGAGAAAGGACACUUACCUUCUCCUCUCCUGGGUGCAGAACUUUUACCCAAAUCAAAUCAAACAUAACCCUGAUUUAGAGAAAGAUCUGAAAGGAGCCAAUCUUGGAAGCCUUUUACCACCGAGACAGAUCAAACAGCUCGAAGCUACAUACCUGGCUAACGAAGUGGAUUCUCUUAAACGCUGGUUGACUCAGUGCCUGAAAGUAGAAGCCUUGAGGUGGACGGAAGGAAUGGAACCAGUUCAACUGCAUGGUUAUUUUCACAGUGAACUGUCAAUAGAUGUCAUACAGGCCAUCCAUGGAGCACAAAAACGUGCUGAAGACAUUACCCUGGAGCUGGGCAAAAGCAUUUCAGACUUACUUAUGUCUGAAUUCUCAACUUUUCUGCAAAGUUACAAGAAAGAGCUUGAUACUUUCAUUAAGGACAACAAGCAACAACCUUACUUUGAGGCAACCAUCAUUGCAAACAUUAACAAUUCCUUGAGUUUUUGGACCCAUGCGAAAGAAAGCACAACAUCAUCAGCACAAGAUUACAUCAAAACGAAAAUUUUCACCACACUUAACGAAAUCCAGAAUGCUGGGUUCACUGCGCUCCUUCAAGGACUGUUUCAGCAGCUAGAGCCUCUUUUUAAAACGUUUACCCAGAAGAAGUGGAUCUCCUGCGAUGACGUUAUACAUGAGAUCAUAGCAACCACAAGUCGCUACAUUUCUACAUUCAGAACUCUCAAGGACCCUCUUUUUCAGACUGUCAUCGAAAAAAUACACCUCCACCUGGUCCGAGAACACAUUACAAGGCUUCUGAAAAAGAAAGUCAGCUUGAGGUCACCAGAACAGCAAAUCGCUUUGUCUGAUUUAGUCCAGAACAACGCUUUCACUCUGCAAACAUUUUGCACACUGAACGGGUCUAAUGCCACAUGGCUGAAUGCUGCAUUGCCAAGUCUAGCUGAAAUCAUCAGGCUCCAAGAUAUAAAUGCCAUCAUGCUUGAAGUUGGUGCCCUUACUCAGAAAUAUCCUGAUAUCAGCAAGAAGCAUCUGUCCACUAUCUUGUACAUCAAGGGCAACUUAUCUUACAGUGAACAGAGAAGCAUCUUGAAUGUGCUGGACAUUGCAGAAUAUUCCACGCUCCCUCCGGCAUUGUUGUUUUCAGCAAUCAAGGUGUCAUAGAUUUGGAUUAUAAAGCAUGGCCAAUGCGGCUUUCUUAGGUCAAAACAAUUCCCAUUCAUGAUUAACCCUAUUUCCUUUCUCGGCACAGCAACAUAAGUCAAGAAAGAUAACUUUGGCUCUUGGUUUUGUUGCUGUUGGGAAAGUGGCUUGUUCUUUAUAGCCAGUACAAAAUGUUAAGCCUGGAAUGAGCCAAAUGUGUAAUCCAUCCUAAUGCCAGGUCUCCAACAUUUCCUUUGUGGCUUCGGUCUUCCCAUCAAGAAAGUGGGGACAAGUUCUCACCAUGUUUCCAUUCUCAGGUGGCACUGGUACGAUGAUAAAAGUCUCCUCCAUUUUCUAUUUGUGUUUGUUUGGGGUUUUUUUUUCAUGUCAGGAGCAACUUGAGAAACUGCAAGUGGCUUCUGGUGUGAGAGAAUUGGCUGUCUGCAAGGACGUUGCCCAGGGGACGUCUGGAUGUUUUACCAUCCUGUGGGAGGCUUCUUUCAUGCCUCUGCAUGACAAGCUGGAGCUGACAAAUGGGAGCUCACCCCUCUCCCUGGAUUCAAACCGCCCACCUUUUGGUCAGCAGUCCUGCCAGCACAGGGGUUUAACCCAUUGUGCCACCAGGUUAAACCCUUGUUGUCAAAAUCACUUAAAAUGAAAAAAUAGUAUGGCACUUUGCAGAGUUUCUCUGGAGGGUGGAAAAAAGAUUUAAAUUGGAAAAGGAAACCAAAAGAGCAGACUGAAGAAGAAGCACAAUUCAGAUGGGAUCUUGAUUAAAUUUCCAAGAAUUGUUUCUCUUAGUAAAAAGUUAUCUCAAUUGUAGAUGAAUGUUUAUAUGAAGAUAGUAUUAUUGGGGACUUUUCCCCUUUUUUAUAUAAUUGUAUUUUUAUUUAGCAGCUAUUUGGCGAGCAAUGUAAUAUAAGAGCUGGUGUGUGUUUAGUUAAUUUGAAUUUCUGUUAAGCCACGAGCUCACUAAGGUGGCUUUAGACUAAGUUUUCUCUCCAGCCUAACUUUGUGAGACAAUCUUAAGUCUAGUUCUUUAACUAACUUGGAAAAUGAGCAAAAUACCACAUGUUAAUAAUAUUAUUGUAUGUGCCUCUAUAGAAACAAUUGUAAAUGUGAACAUACCUUUGUAUGUACUAUGCUUGAAUGUUGAUUUUUAUUUUCAACUGUUGGGUCUGUAAUAAUCCUGGAAUGUUUUCAUAUCCUGUUUUUUUUCUAACUAAAACACAUUUUCAUGAAAUUCA